AGGCUGUCGGCAUUUCCCUUGCCCUGUGGCAGUUCUGGAGUGGCAGCAACAGUUAGCAAAGUGUGGCGCUAUGUUGGCUGAAAAGCAGAUUUUCCUGGCUCUUUGCUUAAUCCUCUUUAUGGGAUGCACAACACAAGGUGUUCCUGUUCAGAUGGGGAGGUACAUGCGGGUCAGAUGCAGACCUGACACCCUUUUCUCAAAUUGUGUUCAAGAACAAGGCCCACGGACUGUAAUUCCUGACAGAGCUGAUAACAUGAUCCUCCCUCCCAAGGCUGAUCCAGUGCUGUUGAAGAAAUUUCAAGAACAUCCUGAUACCUCUGCAUUUUCUGAAGAUGAAUAUGGAUCGGGAAAUGAAAUGGAAUUGGAGUCUGGAUCAGGCAUUGAUGACAGUCUUGAUGGCUUUAUCGUUCCUGAUUUCGUUCUGCACCAGUCAGACAGGGAUAUGAAGCUGAGAUUAACAGACGAAGGCUUAUUUCUGCAUAACCAGCAGCUGUGAUUUCUGUCAUAGCCAAGUGCUGCCGCCUUCUUUUUCCUAUGCCUUUUGUGUUUUAUGACUGGAAGAGAUUAUACUCAGAAGAAAUGUUGUAUAACACCCUCCCCCCGCCCAAACUCUAGACCCAUCCAUAAAUGUCUUAAAAUAUCUAGUGCUUUUCUUUGCCCUAAACCUAUCAAAUGCAAGCUCUUCUUUUUAAAAGAUGUAGGUGGCCCCCUUUUGGUUAUUGGUUCACAAAACUGUUUUUUUGAAAAUUAGAUGUUUGCCAAAUGAGGAAAGAAGGAACACAACAUAUUUUUAAAAGCAAACACAGUGGAAUAUCAAUAAUGGAAUACUAGAAUCCCUGGAAAUAUUUCCUUUCAGUUGGCUCUUCAUUCUAUAACAGUUCCCUUUCUCAAUUAGUCCUACAGGCAAAUCCGGGAAAGUGCAUUCCAUAGCCCCACAUCCUUUUGAAGUGUACUUGUAUUAGUAAACAAAUAAAAUAAAAAGUGGUAUUCCAGGUCACAAAAUACUGUUCAGUUGUUCCCAUCCGGAACUUACUUUGAAUUUGAGGAGCAACUUGUUUUAUAUGUUCAAAUCUUUCGUUCCAUUUCAACCAUAUCCUAAUGUGAUCUUGUGAUUGCAGAGAUACACCUCUUAAAUCUUUUGUUCAUCUUAAGGCCAGAUACUUGUUUUACAGCACUUAAGUAGAUGGAUGGAUUUCCCCUACAUGACAUGCAUUUUUAAAACCUUAAAUUCUAAUAAAUUUAGGUGCAACUAAA